AUGGCAUCGCUUCUACCCUGGCUGUACGUUACACUGUGGAUAGAAAAUGCCCUAGGGACACUUGAAGAUGAAGGAAACUUCUAUUCAGAAAAUGUCAGUCGGAUCCUGGACAACUUGCUUGAAGGCUAUGACAAUCGACUAAGGCCAGGAUUUGGAGGUGCUGUCACUGAAGUGAAAACAGAUAUUUAUGUGACCAGUUUUGGGCCUGUGUCAGAUGUGGACAUGGAAUAUACAAUGGAUGUUUUUUUCCGCCAGACGUGGACUGAUGAGAGGUUGAAGUUUGGGGGGCCAACUGAGAUUUUAAGUUUGAAUAACUUGAUGGUCAGUAAAAUCUGGACGCCUGACACAUUUUUCAGGAAUGGCAAAAAAUCAAUUGCUCACAAUAUGACAACUCCUAAUAAACUCUUCCGAAUAAUGCAGAAUGGGACCAUCCUCUACACCAUGAGGCUUACCAUCAAUGCUGACUGUCCCAUGAGGCUGGUUAAUUUUCCUAUGGAUGGCCAUGCUUGUCCACUCAAGUUUGGGAGUUAUGCUUACCCCAAAAGUGAAAUCAUAUAUACAUGGAAAAAAGGACCACUUUACUCAGUAGAAGUCCCAGAAGAAUCUUCAAGCCUCCUCCAGUAUGAUCUUCUUGGACAAACAGUAUCUAGUGAGACAAUUAAAUCUAACACAGGUGAAUAUGUAAUAAUGACAGUUUAUUUCCACUUGCAAAGGAAGAUGGGUUACUUCAUGAUUCAGAUAUAUACUCCUUGUAUCAUGACAGUCAUCCUUUCCCAGGUAUCCUUCUGGAUUAACAAGGAGUCUGUCCCAGCAAGAACUGUCUUUGGAAUCACCACUGUUUUAACCAUGACCACUUUAAGCAUCAGUGCCCGGCACUCCUUGCCCAAAGUGUCCUAUGCGACUGCCAUGGAUUGGUUCAUAGCUGUUUGCUUUGCUUUUGUCUUCUCUGCACUCAUUGAGUUUGCAGCUGUCAACUACUUCACCAACCUGCAGGCCCAGAAAACUAAAAGGAAGGCACAGAUCGCCACCUCACCCCCUGUGACAAUAUCGAAGGCGACGGAACCUUUGGGAGCUGAGAUUGUAUUGCAUCCUGAUUCCAAGUACCAUCUGAAGAAAAGAAUCACUUCUCUCACCUUGCCAAUAGUUCCAUCCUGUGAGACCAGCAAAGUCCUCACCAGAGCUCCUCUCUUGGAAUCAACACCUGUCACACCCCCACCACUCUCUCCAGACUUUGGAGGCACCAGCAAAAUAGACCAGUACUCCCGGAUUCUCUUCCCAGUUGCAUUUGCAGGAUUCAAUCUUGUGUAUUGGGUAGUUUACCUUUCCAAAGAUACAAUGGAAGUGAGUGGCAGUGUUGACUGAUUUGCAGGCCAGUAAAUAUUCCAUGAAUUUUUAUUUUCUGCAUUCUUUCUAAAUAACAUUGAGACUUGUGUAGAUGAUUUUAUGAGCAUGGAAUCAGAAUUGAAGCUCUGUAAUGUACAACUUUGAAUUGUACAUAUGAGCCAAAAAGUGAUAACAUUUCUCCUCAAAACCAAAAGUUGAAGGUGGCUGAAAACCGUGACUUAUC